AUGUGGAGAGAACAUGGUCUUAAGUAUCAGGCAGUGAUAAUACCUGACAGUAUUACUUCUUCUAUUAUGGGACCUGAGACAGGCAACCAACAUAAUAUGUGUCUAUAUCUAGAGAGUCAUUUAGAGGAUAAAAUGCAUCAAAUAUUUGAUUUCAGAGAUAUAAACAAUGGCCCUUGUUAUUUUUUGUAUAUCGAUCCAGCUUAUACUGCAUCAGACUUUAUGAUAGUACCCUUUGACAGACACCUAGGCAUUAACAAGAACAUGUCUGCUGUGCGAAUUGUAGUUGAGCAUGAGUUUGCUCAUGUUAGAAGUUUAUAUGUUUUUUUAAAGUAUUCUCAAACUCAACGAAGUGGACAUUGUUCUGUUAAACUUUACUACAUUGUUAGAACCUUGUUAAAGAACACUCAUGUUUGUUUCAAUAAUGGCAACCGAACAAUCUUUGUCCAGACAUGUCAUUUUUUUAUUGAACUUUCACUCAAAUCUUUCAAUGGCAAGAAGAAUGUUAUUGCUUCCAACUCUGUCUAUAAUGUUAGAAAGGUCACCACGAAAUCUCUCCAACACAUGCAUGACACUGAUCAUGCAAACAGAAGUCUGUUCCAACUAAAAGGUAGAGGAGUCUUCUCUAGGAUUGGUAGUCUGCUGUCUCUGCUGCUGAUAAAGAAGGUUAUCAACUUUGGUAUGUCCCUUGUUUGUACCUGUCAUUUGUCUUUCUUGCUUGUUUCUUGCCCUGUACUGAUUGACAAGUGUUCUGUACCAGUCUUUUAUAGUCGAAAGAUCUACUUUCCCACCAUCAAAUUCUAUGGCAUUGACUUUUUGAAUGAUCUCAUCUCAGGCUCCUCCAAUGUUGACAUGUCCUUCAUACUUUGGAUGCUUGAAUAUCAUUGCUUCAAGCAUCACUUUGUCUCUACAGACAAUUAUGCUACUCUAGUCUCUGUAGCUGACAGUACUGGCUCUUGGAGUGCUUGUGUUCAUUGGUUUUUUAAUGAAAUAAAAUAG